AUGGCCCAACUCAUACAUGACUCCUUUUUCGGCCCUCUGGUGCGGUACUUGUCGAAUGGCAAGUUAUUGCCACAUGAAGAGACCAGAAACCCGGCUCUUUUGAGGCCAUUCAUCGCGGAUCCGUACAACAACCCGUCAGAGAGGUCGUUACCUGAGGCGCCAGCAUCUGAUGCCAGUACUUCCAACCACAGCGAUGGAGAGUUAGCCGAGAAAGGGAAGGAUCCCCUUAUUGUGGACUGGUAUGGCCCGGAUGAUCCAGUGAAUCCCCUCAACUGGUCCAACUUUACCAAAUGCGCCAUCACCUUUGAGUUGUGCUUUUUGACCUUGGCCGUCUACAUUGGAUCUUCAGUCUACACAGCUGGUGUUGUGAGUGUAAAGAAAGACUUCAACAUUGCUCAGGUUCCUGCAACUCUCCCGUUGACAGUCUUCGUGCUGGGCUUUGGCCUGGGACCGAUGACCUUGGCACCACUUAGCGAAGCGCCUGCGGUCGGGAGGAUGCCGACAUAUGUCUGGUCCCUUCUUGCAUAUGUCUUGCUCCAGAUCCCUGUCGCUCUAUCGGUCAAUCUCUCCAUGCUUAUGGUCUUCCGAUUCGUCACGGGCGUUCUGGGUUCCCCGCCUCUCGCGACUGGCGGUGCGUCGAUUGCGGAGAUCUUCACACCACGCAAGCGAAGCCUAGCUAUUGCCAUCUGGGGCGUCGCAGCUAACGUCACUGUCAAGAGGGUCGCCUACCUCACAAUCAUCCGCCCCUGGAUCCUCACCUUCACUGAGCCGCUAGUCUUCCUCCUCCGCACAUGGACUGCACUGAUCUUUGGACUCUUGUUCAUCUGGUUCACCUCAUUUCCCUUCGUCUUUCAAGGUUUAUAUCGGUUUAAUGCUGGCGAGACUGGCUUGAGCUUCCGUGACCUUCUAGUCGGAGCACUCUUGUGCGUCCCACCCUUCGUCUUGUAUGACCGUGGCGUACAACGCAAGAUGUUCGAUGUAGGCGGCCAGAUCUCGAAGCCAGAGCAGCGUCUCGUGCCGGCUAUGGCCACAGCGGCGUAUCACAACUUGGGCAUCCCUUGGGCGAGCUCGCUACUAGGGUUUCUCGGCUUGGCUUAUGUGCCUAUUCCAUUCUUAUUCUACUUUUACGGCGAGAGGUUCCGAAAUGAGAGCAAAAGAGCAAGACAUACAUAG